AUGUUCUUGACAAUACCACACGAGACCCGGAACUUGUCGAUGUUGAUCAGCUCGUACUCCUCUCCGGAAGUUGUUGGUCUCUCGCUGUUGAUGGUCAAGUCGCUCAGGUCCAGAGCAAGGAACGGAACCAUGCCCUUGGAUGCUCUGAUCUGCUGCAGCUCGGAACGGAAGUUGCCAAAAUUCCGGUCGGGACUGCACAAGUCCUUCAAUUUCUUGAACAACAGCAGGUCGCCGACAUCCAUUGCGUUCCACGUGCUUUUGAGCUUCUUAAUGAUCGUAGAGUUCAGUGCAAGAACUAUCUGGUAA